UGUGGUCACUUUAUCUCAUUUCUCAACCAUACAACUCACAACAUUCAUCGCCCCGCUUAAUUUUUGUCACGAACUUCUACUACUCACAAUAUUUUCUAUUGAAAAAAAAAAAAAAAAACCAUGGAUCUCAUUCUUCAAUAAGCUCUCACAUUUUGUGACCAAAAUAAUACUUAGGAAAAAAAGAAAAAAACAAUGUCAUCCACUGCUAGCUUGGGUUAUGGGGGUCCAACCUGCUUCAACAAUGUUGUUCAUCAGACAAUGAGGAACAGUUUCAUAGCCACAAAACAGCAUAACAGUGUGAUGAGAGUGGUGAAGGGUUGGAGAGGAAGACAUGGUAAUAAUUGCAACACAUCCAAAAGGGUGGUAGGAGUUGUGCAGUGUAGAGGGCUAGGGGACUUCAUAGGUGGAGACUUGAUAAAGUUUGAUCUUGGACGUUGGCUUUCAGAUGUUGAAGAGCACAAAGCACUUGCAAUAUACCCUCCUCAUGAAGGAGGCUAUGAGGGUCGCUACUUGUCACGCCUCAAACGUCAGGGAUACUAUUUUCUUGAUCUUACAGCUCGUGGCCUUGGUGAUCCUGAAACCACCCUCACUAAGAUUCACCCUGUUUGCCCUCCUCAUGUUGGGAAGCAGCCAAUAGCAAGGUGGUAUUUCCCACCAGAAGUUGAUUACAGAUUAGAAGCAUUGCCACCAAAUGCCAAAGGACUGGUGGUGUGGAUAAUUGAAGCCAAGGUUCUCUCUAAGGCAGAACUGCAGUUCCUAGCUUUGCUGCCAACACUUAGGCCUAAUGUGAGGGUCAUUGCUGAAUGUGGAAACUGGAGAAAGUUUAUGUGGAAACCACUAAAAGAAAUUGCGGGACUAACAACCAGUGAGGAAGCUUGAUGGUGCUACAUAGCUACUUAUCAUCUCUUGUUUCCAAUCAUCAACAAUCAAGUACAAAUAUUCAUUUUAUUUUCUCCAAUUUAAAGGCUUCAAAUAGCUGCAGACAACUGAGACAAUAAAGGAAGACAAAGAGAUAUAGGAAAAAUCAAGUUCCUUGUAAAUAAUUAGAUCUGCCACAGUCAUCAGUGACACAUUGUCAAGGUUUAAUUCUGUCGAAGGACAAACAUUUCCUACCAAACAUGAUAUUCCAGAAAUUCGAUUUCAACAAAAUUUUGCAAUAGGCCAAUGAAGUUACAGAAUAAUGGUGUGGUUUUCCAGCAAUUUUUAUCCGUAUAAAACCAUAUGCCAUAAACAGAUGAAUCAAUUAGUGGAAAUCCUUCCAUGUCUGCCUUGUACAACCUGUGAUGAUUAUUAUUAGUAGCAGAAUUUUACUAUAUAUUUUUAUGAAAAUGGACUACAAAAUUUAUGUUA